AUGGAACAUACCCAAUCCAUACGGUCGAGGAUACCCUAUUCCUUUCACUCGGUAAUUUGUCUCUUAUAUUUGGUGCUAUUUCUGGUUGGCACAUUUCUUAGUUUUGCGGUACCUGAAAGUGCAAAGGAACACCAAAAGAAAACUAUCUACCUUUUAAACUCCGGAAAUUUUAUCAAUGCCAUCUUUGCGUACAAGGGUAAUUUAGUUUGGACAAUAUUAUUUAUUUACUUAGCUAUUGUUCAAAUCUACAUUCACACUCAAAAUUUCGAACUAUUACCAACCUCAAGUGAGAGGCAUACUCGAAAUUUUUCACUUACAGAUGGCAAUGUUGGAAAAUAUACAAAACAAUAUAUUAUUAAAUAUAUUAUAAAGAAUCUUCUUCUCUUUAUUUGCUUUGUCGUAAUUGAUGAAAUCUUUAUUUUUACAGGUGGUCAAUGUAGUAGCGGCGAUCAAAACAUAGGAUUACAUUCUGCUGAAGAAUGCCGUAAAACAGGAGGACAAUGGGUAGGAGGCUUUGAUAUAAGUGGACAUUUUUGUUUUCUAAUGAAUAUUAGUUUAAUUUUAUGGUGCGAACUAUAUAUAUACUACAACUAUGUCAAUAAGAAAAAUAUUCAAAAUUUUAUGACUGGAUGGAUUACAAAUGGAAUAAUCGUGAUUCUGGCAGUAUUGAUGAUAUGGACUAUGUUAUUGUUUAUCACUGCUGUAUAUUAUCAUACUCUGAUGGAAAAACUACUAGGAUGUGUGUUGGGUUAUACGUGCUUCUACGUAAUGUACCAACUGAUCCCUGACUACCCUGCCCUAAGUAAAUAUCUAUAUUAG